CUGUGAGCAAUAAAAGGGAAGUAAUUGUUCAAACAUGUCCACCGUGGGCAUACGAAUCGAUGAGGCUGUCUCGAUUGUGGACCAGGGUGAGCAGGCGUGCGUAGGAAAGCGAACGGACGAGGAAGCGUGUGACGAUGGCAACGUGGAAGCGGAUAUGAAAUUUGGUUUGUUCGUCGAAGCGGAUCGCUCCAUGCCGAGGAAUUCAUCGGAAGAUGAGUUUGAUUUUGAUUCUGCCUUUAGCUCCGAGUCGAAUCAGGCGCUCACCGAUGAAAGUACCACCGUCGACCAUCAUCACCACGACGUAGACGACGACGACGACGAUGAUGACGAACGGACCCAGAUGCCAGAUGGAAGAGGAGCGAGAACAGUGGAGCGUGAACGACUGAAAUCGCUAGAGGACGAACAUGAGAUCCUUUCCUCAAACUUGAUUGCACUCACGUCGCACUUCGCCCAGGUGCAGCUGCGUCUUCGACAGAUCGUCGAAGCGCCACCUCAGGAACGGGACACGCUGCUAAAAAAUCUGGAAGAGUUUGCAUUCCUCGGCAUACCGGAAAUCCAGCAAAAUCCCGUAAAGCAAAACAUUCCCGAAAUAGUGGCCAACCUCGACCGAAGUCCCGAGUCGGUGGAAAAUCUGCGCGAAAAGCAACAGGAACUUAUCGAGCAGCUGAAAUCGCAACUGAUGGACCUUGAGCGGUACGCGUACGAAUCUGGUACGCCCGGCAUACUGCCUCAAACGAUACUGCUCGAAAAGCAGAAAGUGAUCAUCGAGGAGAUAAAGAAAAAGAUCAACCUCAACCUGAACGAGCUUGAUCUGCCGCAGCUUACCUCGGAGGACCUUCGGCAGCAGGUGGACAGUGCACUGGACGAGCUGGUGAAUCCGCUGAAGAUGAAGGAACAGUUGGUGACGCAACUAAAGACGCAGAUUCAGGAUCUGGAACGAUUUAUCGGGUUCCUGCAGACGAACGAGAAGGCAGAAAUUAAAAAACGUUUCCUGGAGCAACAGAAACAGCAGCAACAACAAGCAAGCAAACCCCAUGGUAAAGAGGCUUCCAAAGAACUUGGGACUGAUCGUCACACGCUUUCAAAGCCUGUCGUGUCCAGUCAAUGUAGUUCGAACAUUGGCAGCAAUCAUAGUAACCAAGCAGCGGCAGCAGCGAAGCGAGAAUCCUUCAACAGCAAAGCUUUCGGACUGAUGGAUAAGGCCGGAACCUUGCUGCAGAUGUUUGCACUGUCCCAGUUCAACUGUGGCAGUGAGCAUCGGACCAGCGAAGCGAACUAUCAGACGAAAAUGAUGGCGAGAACGCGACAAAACUGUUGGGGCGACAUUCGUGCUAGGCUAGAGUACGAUGUGCAGGAGAUAGCAUCGUUGGUUCUAACGUUGCAAAACGAAAUAUCAUCCAAAGAAGCGGACCAUAACGAGGAAGACGAGGACGAUGCUACCGGUCGUUCGAAUCGUAGUGGCAAUAGGAAAAAUUACGAACUCACGCUGCUGGUUCGCAAACGUUUGGCCAAAACGAUCCAACGGUUGAUGCAACACGGUUUGCGGGGAAAUUCCGAAACUGCAAGCCACAGCUUAGUUCCAUUCAUAUCCGGAUGCUUUUCUGCAUCGACGGGCGGCAGCAAUCAUUCCAGCCUGAGCGCACGAUCAAACGAGGGGGGUUUUUAUCGGUCGGACAUCCGACGAAAGAGUACUGGCGGGGCGACAACUACUGCACCGACCAAGAAACAGCCGAAAGCGGAGAACACGCCGGAUGCAACCGUGGAAGACAAUCUGUUUUCCCAGCUGGAUGAUGAGGAAGAUGACGAGCUGGAAUCACAACAGUUCGAUAGCAAUAGCGAUGACACAAUGCAUGCCUGGGAGUUACUGCUGGUAUACUAUAACAUCAAAAAUGGUGAUCGGUACAACUCGACACCGGCAAGAAAGCUGUCGGAAAGUUUCAACCUGGACAUAGUGGAUGGUAGACCACUAUCGAAUAAACAGAGUCUUCUCAGUGCGAUUGGCUCGAUCGUGGCUUUGCACAGUCCCUACAAGCGGAGCUAUGAUUCACAGUUCAAGGCAUUCAUAUGUGCUGGAUUAAACGCCCAGAAGUUAACGCAAUGGCUGUACCUUAUUUUCCAGUGUAAGGAACUGGUCAGCUCCCAUUACACCAGCUGGAGCUACGUAGCCAACACGGGCUUUCGUGACGGUUUAAAAACGCUCGAUCGUCUGACGCAGUACCGGUUCGAUCUUCCAGUUGAUUUGUCGAUUCGUCAGUUCAAAAAUAUCAAAGACGUUUUUAUGUAG